AUGAACUAUUUUCUUGGACUCCAAAUUAAGCAACUGAAGGAUGGGAUCUUCAUCAACCAAUCAAAGUACUGCAAGGAGUUGCUGAAAAGAUUUGACAUGGAUAGCUGCAAGGUAAUGUCUACUCCAAUGGGAUCCGGAUCUUAUGUUGAUCAAGAUAAAUCAGGUGUUUCGAUUGACAUCACAAAGUAUCGAGGUAUGAUUGGUUUCUUACUAUAUUUGACGACAAACCGUCCUGAUAUAAUGUUCAGUGUAUGUCUUUGUGCGUGUUUUCAAGUCAAUCCAAAGGAAUCGCAUCUCAGCGCUGUUAAAAGGAUCAUGAAGUAUCUCAAAGUAACAACAAGUGUCGGUCUAUGGUAUCCUAAAGGUAGUAUUUUCAAUUUAGUUGGUUAUUCUGAUGCUGAUUAUACAAGAAGUAAAACAUAUCGAAAAAGCACUAGUGGUACCUGUCACAUUCUUGGAAAUGCAUUAGUAUCAUGGGCUUCAAAGAAACAAGCAUGUGUUGCUCUUAGCAUUGCCGAAGCGGAAUACAUAGCAGCAGGUAGCUGUUGUGCUUAA